UGCUGCGGGAUUGAAGCCGAGGCUGCUUGCUUGUUCUCAACCAGUCAGCAGCGGCAGUGGUCGGGUCGGAGUAUGAUCGCUGUGCGGGGCGCAUAGAUGUGCAAAACCCCUGGAAUAUCCGUGCGCUGGAGAGGCCAGAACCGACCACCGUGGAGGACUGUCUUCAUUUAGUCGUCAAAAGGGAAAGAGCCACGGUGAAAGCAUGGCGGUAGAAGAGGAAGGUCUCCGGGUUUUCCAGAGCGUUAAAAUAAAAAUAGGAGAAGCAAAAAACAUCCCUCCAUACCCGGGGCCAAACAGGAUGAGGGACUGUUACUGCACUGUCAACCUGGACCAAGAGGAAGUCUUCAGGACCAAGAUCGUCGAGAAGUCACUUUGUCCGUUCUACGGGGAGGACUUCUACUGUGAGAUCCCACGAAGCUUCAGACACCUCUCCUUCUACAUCUUCGACAGGGACGUGUUCAGGAGGGACUCCAGCAUCGGCAAGGUUGCAGUGAAGAAAGAGGACCUGCAGAAAUAUCACGGCAAAGACACCUGGUUCCAGCUACAGCCUGUCAGUGCUGACUCAGAGGUUCAGGGGAAAGUGCACCUGGAGCUGCGUCUGAGUGAAGUCAUCACAGACAGCGGAGUCAUCAUCCAUAAACUAGCCACACGAGUGCUGGAGUGCCAAGGUCUUCCAAUUGUCAACGGCCAAUGUGAUCCCUAUGCUGCUGUCUCCUUAUUAGGACCUUCAAGGUCAGAUGCCAAAAAGACCAAGGUGAAGAGGAAAACCAACAAUCCACAGUUUGAUGAGGUUUUCUAUUUUGAGGUGACACGGCCAUUAAGUUACACCAGGCGGCAGUUUGAUGUUGAAGAAGAGGACGUUGACAAGCUGGCGCUCAGGGUGGAUCUGUGGAACGCCAGCAACCUGAAGUUCGGCGAUGAGUUCCUGGGAGGUGUGCGGGUUCCUCUGCGGGUCCUGGGUCAGUUUGGGGUCCACGAUGCAUGGUACUUUCUCCAGCCGAGGGAGAAUGGAGGGAAGUCAGUGAAGGUAGAAGAGCUUGGCUCUCUACGUUUGAACAUCGUUUACACUGAGGACCACGUCUUCCCCUCCGAACAUUACACUCCCCUCAGAGAUCUACUGCUGUACUCUCCUAACGUAGAGCCUGUGUCUGCGUCCACGGCUAAUAUCUUGGGGGAGGUGUGUCGAGAGAAGCAGGAAGCUGCCAUUCCCCUUGUGCGUCUCUUUCUUCACUACGGCAAGAUCGUGCCUUUCAUCAGCGCCAUCGCUCAUGCGGAAGUCAACCGCACACAGGAUCCAAACACCAUUUUCCGGGGAAAUUCCCUGACUUCCAAGUGCAUUGAUGAGACCAUGAAGCUAGCAGGAAUGCACUAUCUGCAAGUCACACUCAAACCCAUCAUAGAUGAGAUCUGCACAGAACACAAACCCUGUGAAAUCGACCCAGUCAAACUGAAAGAGUCGGAGAACCUGGACACAAACAGAGAAAACCUUCGUCAGUAUGUAGACCGUAUCUUCAACGUUAUCACCACCUCUGGCGUUCGCUGUCCGACCGUCAUGUGUGAUAUCUUCUUCUCUCUGAGAGAGUCUGCUGCCACCCGUUUCCAAGUUGACCAAGACGUCCGAUACACAGCAGUGAGCAGUUUCAUCUUCCUGCGUUUCUUUGCUCCAGCCAUCCUCUCCCCCAACUUGUUCCAUCUACGGCCACACCAUCCAGAUCCUGCCACCUCACGAACCCUGACCCUCAUCUCCAAGACGAUCCAGACCCUGGGAAGUCUCGCAAAGUCAAAAUCUGCCAAUUUCAAAGAGUCGUACAUGGCUGCAUUUUAUGACUACUUCAAUGAGCAGAAAUACGCCGACGCUGUGAAGAAUUUCCUAGACCUGAUCUCCACGUCUGGCAAAUGGGAUCAGAAGAGUAUUGAAACACCAAUCAUGCUCAAAGAGGGAUUUAUGAUAAAGAGAGCACAGGGGAGAAACCGGUUUGGAAUGAAGAACUUCAAAAAGAGAUGGUUUCGCCUCACCAACCAUGAGUUUACCUACCACAAAACGAAAGGAGAGGGAGCUCUGUGCAGCAUUCCCAUAGAGAACAUCCUGGCUGUAGAGAGGCUGGAGGAGGAGUCUUUCAAGAUGAAAAAUAUGUUCCAGGUUAUUCAGCCAGAGCGGGCACUCUACAUCCAGGCCAACAACUGCGUCGAGGCGCGCGACUGGAUCGACAUCCUGACCAAAGUCAGCCAGUGCAACCGCAAACGCCUGAGCACCUACCAUCCCUCAGCCUACCUCAACGGCCACUGGCUCUGCUGCAAGUUCUCAGCAGACACAGCCCCUGGGUGUACGCCCUGCACCGGCGGCCUCCCAGCAAACAUUCAGCUGGACGUAGACGGAGACAGAGAAACUGAGAGGAUAUACUCCCUGUACAGCACGUACAUGACCAAACUGAUCAAGAUGCAAGAGGCCUGUGGCAGUAAGUCUGUGUAUGACGGGCCUGAACAGGAGGAGUACUCCACCUUUGUCAUCGAUGACCCCCAGGAGACGUACAAAACCCUGAAGCAGAUCGUCUCAGCUGUGCAGACCUUGGAGCAGCAGCACACCAAGUACAAACGGGACAAGUUCAAGAAGACAAAGAUAGGCAGCCAGGAGCAUCCGAUUGGAGACAGUUUUCAGUCUUACAUCCGCCAGCAGUCUGAGAGCUCCACCUACUCUAUCUAGCCAUGGCCCUGUAUACUGUUUCUAUGAUGCUCAGAACCAGCAUAUUUUUCUAUACUGCAAAAAAAAAAAAUCCAUCUUAACUAUGCUCUGGAUCUAGCAUUGGGUUUUAAAUCUUUCUUUGUGUUUCCAAUGCAGUGUAUCCAUGCUUGAAGGAAAAUUUCUCUUUUGUUAUGACAUUUCUGGAAGCAGAUGAUGCUGAUUUGGAAACAAGUAUCAUCCGUUAUACUGAUUUGUUCGAUAGUAAGAAAAUAAGAGUUUUAGGGCUUGCUGCCAGACUGAAUGAGCUGUGCAGAUGGACUUUUUUUGCUGCAGUGUCUUAAGGUGCAUCGCUCCAGAUUCGGAGAAACAGACCUCAGAUCUGUGAGCAUGGGGGGGAGAGGAACAGUUGUGAAGGGAAGGAGGGAUACGGAUGAUGAAGAUAAUAACACCAUACAUCUAUUUGGAUCUCCUUUCUGUGAUGUGAUGAGAGAACAAACGUUUUCACUGGACAGUUUUGACAGUGACCGACACGCACUUUAAUCAUCUCCAAAUCUAUGGAUGAACAAGCCUCGCAGCACACUUUCAAAAACCUUAUUUUAUUUGAUUUGCAUUUGGUUAUUGAUUUUUGAUUUGCUUUUGGUUAUUUUAAAGGUUGUAGAAAUGUUCCAUUGUAUUUCACAUCUGACAGACCAAACUCUUGAAGGAAAUGAGGACUGUAACCCCCCCCCCUUUGGGUGGUGUUGUCCUUGUGUACCUGCUUUUAAUUUUGUCCCUAACCUCCUCAGGAAGGCUGUGAAGGUCGAGGGAACACAAGAAGGGAUUGUCAGGACCAAGCAAGGCCCAGAGCAGCUUGAUGUUGGCUAUCAAAACUCACUCCGUGGACAAUUUUAUCCCUCAUUUUUAAUCUUUACCAUCAAUGAGCGAAAAGAUGUAUGGGUUCAAGUUGUUAUAAAUCAUGCCCUUUGUAACCAGUACGUGAGUUAAAGGAAUAGCUUGGUUUUGGAUAGUUUUUCUGUUGUAUUUUAUUGCUUACAAUGAGUUUACAUUACAUUUCAUUAUAUUGAGUCAGAUAAUCCCAUGGAUGCCUUUUAUUUGUAUGGUUGUAUGCUGUUUGAAGGUACUGUAUAUUAAACAGUUUGCUGAUGACUGAGUUUAUGGAUGUCAAGUUGCAGCUUCAGUUUAAAGUAGGGAAAAAUACACUGGAUGGCUGAUUAGCUGAACUCCACCUGUGAAGAAAGAAAUUAGAUAAUGUCCAAGUUCAAAACCAGUUUCUGUUGAUAUCAGGGCAGACUAACACACUUGGGGGUUGGGGUAAAAAUGUGUUGUGGGUCCCUAUAAGCUCCCACAAGGUGUGAAUUUGUGCAUAAGCACAACUUUAGUUACUUAAAUUUUGUAAAAUGCACUGUGUAACCACAAUAAAAAAACAAAAAUUACAAUGUGCUUACAGUAUACACUCAGUGGCUAGUUUAUUAGGUACACCUGUAUGUUGCUCUUCAACACAACAGCUCUGCCUUUACAAAUUUUCUAAUGUUCAGUUUUUGUUGAAAUUGUAAGGAAUAUGUAAAUUCAAUUAUAUGCUUAUUGUUGAGGAUAUAUUUAAAGGGGGUGUUGUACUGGACUACAUUACACUGAGAGGUGCUUCAAAUGUUUUUAUCCUUUGUAUUUACAAACUUGAUCAGGGCCUUUGGGCAGAUGCCUGUUUUCCCCAACCCUGGCUAACACGCGCACACAUCCAUGGUGGAUAAAAUAUGAGUAAAUCCAGAAAAGUAUAAUAACUGUUGCAGGUAAAUACGCAUGGAGAACCUUUUGCUGGCUUUUAAAAGGUGCCGAUACUUGUUCCGGACAUCCAGUACAUAAGCUCAAACAAGAUCAACAUUCAACAUACCCUCAAACUGUAUGCAGACAUAAUAAAGGCAUGAUUGUUUAACUCUGUGUAAGUAGAAAAAGUAAUUCAAGCCAAACUAUCCCUUCAGCUAUCACAAAGCAGAAACUAUGAGCAUCCAUUAACAAGGAUGGUUUUAACUUCACUUUUAAAUAACCCAUAUACUAACAUUUUAACCAGUCUUGUCUCCAGUUAUGAUUGUGAAAUGGAUAGUGUGUUACUGAUUGUGUUGCCCAUUUCGCUGCCUGAUAAUGUAGUUUUGUUUAGUGAGUUAGCUCUUACUUUGGAGAACCCCUCCCCCCCACACACCUGUAGUUUAAAAUCUAUUUAUAUGCAUUCCUCUGAGAUACUGCCUGCUGUGAAUCUCACUGGUCAGAAUCUGUUGAAGGUACAGGAUUUAUUGUUGUUAACCAGUUGUGUUGUGUUGUUCCACGCUUCCCAAAGGCAACCACUCUCAUUGGCAUUCAUAUUCAUCAGCACUCACUCUCGCCAAAAAUGUGCAUGUGAAGUAUAGUUGUAGCCACAGCGAUGGUAGCCUCCACAGUCAUUUCUGUGUUCCCAGGUGACUACAAACUGCAGACAAAUUUUGUAUUUUCCAAAACGAAGUACCUGGUUAUGUAGCCUCAUGGGUGUUCUGGGGGUCACAGGAUCCCAAACAGUGCCAGUCAUCACUUUUCUAAAAUUCUUUUUGAAAAGCAAACAAAAAAUAUCAUUGUUUAGAUAUGUUUUUUUUAUAUAUAUAUA